AUGGGCUGCUUCACAUUCGUCAAAUUGAUGAUGGUCGUGUUCAACUUGCUUAUCUUUCUUGGCGGUCUGACCCUGCUGGCCAUGGGGAUCUGGGUCAGCGUGGACGGCGGCUCCUUCCUGAGGAUCCUGGGGCCGUUCUCCCAGCAGGGCAUGCAGUUCGUCAACGUGGGAUUUUUCUGCAUCGCCAUCGGAGCCGUGCUGGUGCUGAUGGGGCUCCUGGGCUGCUGUGGAGCCCACAAGGAGAGCAAGUGUCUGCUGCUCAUGUUCUUCUCCAUCGUCCUCAUCAUAUUCAUCGCUGAAGUGGCAGCAGGAGUCGUGGCUCUGGCCUACUCUUCAUUUGCGGAGGGCAUCCUCAGAGCGUGGGCGACUCCUGCUUUACAGAAGGACUACGGCAGCGAUCCUGUGGUCACUAAGAUCUGGAACACCACCAUGACGGAGCUGAAGUGCUGCGGUUUCACCAACUACACAGACUUUGUGGGCUCUAAGUUUGAGAAGGAGAAUGGAGGCAGCCUGCCGCCCAUCUGCUGCUGGACCAACAGCACCCCCUGCAGUCCAAAGGAAGCACAGCGCAGUGCUGUCAAGGGCUGUUUUAAAGACAUCCUGCAGACCCUCACAGAGCACGCCAACAUCGUGGGAGGCAUCGCUGCAGGAAUCGGUGUCUUAGAGAUCGCUGCUAUGAUCGUAGCGAUGUACCUGUUCUGUCACCUGGACAACAGAAUCAGCUGA